UCGACCGUUUCGUUUCAUCUGCCCCACUUCUAGUAUAAGGACAACAACGUGCGAGUGAUUUUUUCGUUCUUUUUAUUUAUUUAUUUAAGUUAAUAUUAUUGAAAUAUUUGAUAUCUUUUGCGCUACCCGUUUUAGGGUAGUAGGACUGGUGAACUGAAGUUUUGGUAGUAGUGGAGAGAAAUCUCGAUCUGGGAGUGGAUAUAGGUGAAAGAUCGAGUUUGAAGUUGGAACAAAGACUUGAAUUUGAGAUGGGUUUCUUAAGUACUAUAUUGGGGUUUAUGGGAUUUGGAGUUGGGAUUUCCAUUGGUCUUAUUGCUGGCUAUUUUCUCUUCAUAUACUUUCAACCAACCAAUAUUGAGGAUCCGAAAAUCAAGCCAUUGGUCGAGCGAGACUCAGAGACUUUGCAACGAAUGCUUCCUGAGAUUCCGCUUUGGAUAAAAAAUCCAGACUUUGAUCGGCUUGAUUGGCUUAACAGGUUUGUAGAAUGUAUGUGGCCUUAUCUUGAAAAGGCAAUUUGUAAGACUGCGAAGGAGAUUGCAAAACCCAUAAUUGCUGAGCAGAUUCCAAAAUAUAAAAUUGAUUCUGUUGAGUUUGUAACGCUUACACUGGGGUCCCUGCCGCCAACUUUUCAAGGAAUGAAAGUUUAUGUGACUGAUGAGAAGGAGUUAAUUAUGGAGCCAUCUAUAAAAUGGGCUGGAAAUCCUAAUGUCACCCUUGCUGUUAAGGCAUUUGGAUUGAAAGCAACCAUUCAGAUUGUGGAUUUGCAAGUUUUUCUUUCGCCUCGUAUUACUUUGAAGCCUUUGGUUCCUAGCUUUCCUUGCUUUGCCAACAUCUACGUCUCUCUCAUGGAAAAGCCACAUGUUGACUUUGGGCUAAAGCUUAUAGGGGCUGAUCUUAUGUCUAUUCCUGGCGUCUACAGGGUUGUUCAGGAGCUUAUCAAAGAUCAGGUAGCAAACAUGUACCUGUGGCCCAAAACCCUAGAAGUUCAAAUUAUGGAUCUGACGAAAGCCUUUAAGAGGCCUGUUGGAGUGUUACAUGUAAAGGUUCUGAAUGCUAUGAAGUUAAAGAAGAAAGAUCUUCUUGGUGCAUCUGACCCUUAUGUGAAGCUAAAGCUUACUGAGGAUAAGUUGCCAUCGAAAAAGACUACUGUGAAGCACAAGAACUUAAAUCCUGAAUGGAAUGAAGAAUUUAAUUUGGUUGUUAAAGAUCCAGAGACCCAGGUUUUAGAGAUUAAUGUUUAUGACUGGGAGCAGGUUGGGAAACAUGACAAGAUGGGCAUGAAUGUGAUACCUUUAAAAGAACUUUCCCCUGAGGAGCCUAAACGUUUUACGCUUGACCUCCUAAAAAAUAUGGAUACCAAUGAUGUCCAAAAUGAGAAGUCACGUGGGCAGAUUGUUUUAGAAUUGACAUAUAAACCCACCAAGGAGGAGGAUUUGGCCAAGGGUUUUGAAGAGACACAGACAGUACCAAAAGCUCCUGAAGGUACUCCAGCUAAUGGAGGUCAGCUUGCAGUUAUAGUCCAUGAAGCUCAAGAUGUUGAAGGAAAGUACCACACCAAUCCAACUGCACGUCUCAUUUUCAGAGGGGAGGAGAAAAAGACUAAGCGCAUUAAAAAGAACAGAGAUCCAAGAUGGGAAGAAGAGUUCCAUUUUAUGGCAGAGGAGCCUCCCACUAAGGACAAGUUACAUGUGGAGGUUGUCAGCAUUUCAUCACGAAACCUGCUCCAUCAAAAGGAAUCAUUGGGUUAUAUCGACAUCAAUCUUGGGGAUGUUGUUUCUAACAAAAGAAUCAAUGAGAAGUACAAUCUUAUAGACUCCAAGAAUGGUCGCAUCCAGAUAGAGUUGCAGUGGAGAACUCCAUAAUCAGAGUGAUAAAAUUAUUCAUAGAUCUCUACUUCUGAUUCCCUUUUCUUCCCCCCUCUUCUCUUUUAAAAUUGACACUUAAAUGCAAAAAAUGUAAGGGAUAAGUGAGAAGUGCAUUUCUUGCAUUCUUCUCGAGGUAGAUUGGUUUCAUCUGCCAAUCAUGUACAUGCUUGAGAUAAAAAGGUUUGAAAAUAGCAAAAGCAUAGUUAUGAUUGGUUUUAAUAUAUAACAUUAUAUGAUAUGAUUCAAGACGACCUAUAGCGACGUUGUGGACGGUCUAUUUUGUUCCACUUUUAGAGUUAAUUCUCGUCAUUUCUAUUCGAUGCUUGGAUUUGCAGCUUGAACCAUAAUGUCAUGUGAAUCAUCAGG